AUGGAAACGACCAUCCCGUGCUACAACAGGGUGAUCAUAUCCAACAGACUGACUGCGGCGGCGACGACGGAUACAUCUGUUACGAACGGAAUGGCUUACAAACCCAGAGCGACCACGUUGCGUAUGCUUGGCGCCAACACCGAUAUCGCACCUCAUGCAGCCUGGAUCAAGUCUACCAUCGAAGGCGGCAAAAAAACAUGUGGUUCUCACUGUACGGGUGGCUCUGACAGUGUACUGUGUGAUACCAAUGAGUUCACCAAAUGCGACAGCAUCUGCCAGUGCGCCUUAUCAGUCCCUUCGCAAAUACCAAGACCUUCUGCAUCACCUGCGCGUACUCCUUUACCUACUCCUACACACACCAAGGCGCCAGUCCGUAAACCUGUGAUAACCCCAGUCGCCCACACACCCGUGGAGCUCAAGCCGGUGGUAGUUGAACCGGUACAGACUGCAGGCUGUGACCACCCCACUGGAGGCCGCCAGGCCACUAUCCAAUGGACGGCAGCGUGGAGAUACCUCAAUGAUUGUGAUCUGUUAGAACACUUCAAGGACACUGUGAUGGGAGCCGCACCUUCCGCUGCGUGUCUCAGAGAAGGCUUCAUGGCUAAGGUGGAGGAACUAUACAACGCUCAGCGUUCGGAGUGUGGCACCAAACGUCGUUCAGUGUUGUCUGGUGGCGAUGAGUUUGUGCUAACAUGCACACAGAAAUGGACUAAGGCUGGUCGUAGUAGCGAUGGGUGCGGUAGGUUCCAGGCCGAGAGGUUGUGAUGGGGACAAUCGCACAAGUGUAAC